CAAUUAUAAUAGACAUGAAUAGAUUGGAUGAACAUUAGCUGCAAUCCUUCAUCAACUCAAGGAUGUAAUUUGGUGAUCUGAAAUACAAGACACUUGUAGAAUCCUUAUUAUUCGAACAAGACAAUUAGGAAUUAAGUAUUUUGUUAAAUAGAUUAUAAUUCAAAGUUACCAAAAUUUAUGAAAUAUUCCAAAAACACAUCCAACUCUUCAGGACUCUCAAACAAAAUAACUUAUAGGAAGAUCAUAUAAACGCUGUAAUAGCUAAGCAAAUUUUGGGGAAUGGGAUGAUAGAAAAGAAAUUGUAUAUUUGUGUUUAAUGCUUUUAGAGUUUCUGGUAUGUUUGUGACUGGAUUCUAAAAGUUAUUUGGUUAAAAUUAAUAUACUUUAGCAUAGGCGACAAUCAAACUGAAGAAUCAUAUGACCAACGCAUUGAGAAUAGUCAAUGUGAAAGAUACUGCAUUGGAUGAGUUAUUAAAGGUAAUUGAUUUUGGAAAUCUAUUAAUAGGAUAAAGACAUUCAUAUACAAUUGGAUUUGGAAGAAACCAAGACCUUCAUGACUAAGUCGACUUAGGAUGAAUAAUUUGGUAAGGUAAUUUAGUUAUUUUGUAAUAGAUUUCAUUAGAAAUUAUAUCCAAUAUAAUUUACAGAAGAACUAAAGUUUUGGUUCGGAUCUGAAGUUAUGGAAAUAGAAGUUUUGGUCUUAAAGUGACAAUUAAGUGUUGUCUAACAUCACCAUCUAAAUACAUGCCAUAGAUUGGAUUGAAUAAGUUAAGCAAAUCAUCGAUAAGUUAUGGAUGUCAUAUUGUUCUAACUUAGACGACAUCCACUUAGCAAGAGCUAGUGAUCCUUUGUCAUUCAAACCAUUGCAAUUCAUAUCAGAUAUAUAUGAGAAGAAGAAAGCCAAUUUCUUCACUAUUGAUUCCUUGAUGCAUCACAUUAAAAAUCACGAAUACAAUUUUGAUAAGAUACAAGUGGCUUUUGGUCAUAAGAGUCCUAAAGAGGUCUUAAUCUCCUUCCUUUAACUAUUGGAUUGGUGCCACGACGUCUAAAAGUGGGAGAAAGUAAGCUGUAUAACAAUUGUAGAUCAUCUUCUCUUUGGUGCAGAAUAUCAAAAUGGAGUACUUAACGACAUAGCCAUACCAAGACUCUUUUAGAGAUGGAGGAUUUGUCAUGGAGAAUUACCUUGGUGCAAUCCUUUAGAACAUCAUAACUCUCUAAGAAAAAUUGGAUCAAUAGAAAUAGAUUAGUUUUUUGGAUGUAGAUUCUUUGGAUGAAACAAAUUUUGAAGGAGUGCUUUAUGAAGUCAAAAAUGACGGUGUAGAUUUCUAUGAAGACAAACUGAUGAUAUGUGGAUGCGUUACAUUUAAACUUGAAUAAUAAGGUAAAAUAGAUGGUAAAAUCGGAUAAGUGAUCAUGGAUUUGCCUGCAAUGUAGAGGUAUUAAGUAGUCACAUAAUUAGAAUCAUUAUUCAUGUUAGCAAAAUCACUUAAGAGUAUUUGUUACCCUUAUGGGAGAAUGAUAAACUCAAACCCAAGGUGAUCAAGUAUACAAUUAUUCAUGAUUAUAGACUGGUGCUCUUUAGGAUAGCCCAAUGCAUUAGAAGUGAAACUCAAAAGAAAGAGAGGAGUGAUAAUACUAUUCGUCUUUAGUUUUGA